AUGUUUGGUGAUUCAUCCACUGCCACUUUCAGAUGUCCAAAGUCAAGGAUUGAGAAACAGUCUUUUGGCCAGCCUGCUGCUGCAGAAUCACCUUUGUUACUCCACUCGUGCUUUGAGAAUCUUUACUGGCCUUUGCAAAUUAUCAUCAACGCAGAAAAGAUGGGGACAUAUUUCAUUUUGUUGGGUCUGCUCUCUAUCUGCAGAUUCUCCAUCAGUCAAGAAUGUAGACGGGAGCUCUUGGAGAACAUGGAUUUUCCGGGAACAGACAUAAAAUUUGUCUACUCUCCUGAUGCUGAGCACUGUCAGCAACUUUGCACCGAGCACCCCUCCUGCCUCUUCUUCACUUUUGUUCGGCCUGACUGGACCAGAGAUAACAGGCAUUUUUACUGUUACCUCAAGUCCACUCCUUCUGGACAACCCAAUGUCCAGACUCCCCUUCUGGGUGUCACCUCCGGCUAUUCGCUGAAACCCUGCCAACCAGAAUCAGAGCCUUGUCUUUCUAAUGUGUACCAGAAUGUGGAUUUCCUUGGGGCAGACUACCAAACCUUGUUCACGGCAAAUUAUGACGAGUGUCAGAGAGUCUGCACGCAGGACCCUGCCUGUCAGUUCUUUACUUUUGUGAAUGGGGUCUUCACACCAGAGAAGAUCAGGUACAAGUGUCACCUUAAAUUCAGCUGGGCACUACCAAGGACUCCAAUUGUGGAAGCAAAGAAUGGUGUCAUAUCUGGAUUCUCCCACAAAGCACAAUUUUCUCAACGCUUUAACACAGUGUGUCAGGACAAACUCUUUCCAAGCACUAACAUCCCAGGAUCUGACAUGCAGGCACUGCCUGCUGCUUCUCCGGAACACUGUCAGGCAUUGUGCUCUGCUCAUCCACAAUGUACCUACUUCACCUUUGACAGUAAAGACUUAAAUUGUUACCUAAAGAGCAAUCCAAAUGAAAUGGUGAUGAAAGCUAGGGAGGGAUUCACAUCUGGGAUGCCAGCACGCGUCUGUCAGCUGAGUAGUGACUGGAUUAAGGUGGCUCAUGAAGGAGUAGAUUUCAGAGGUUCUGACAUUCGCUAUGAGAUGAUGGAUGAUGCAGAGACAUGUCAGAGGACCUGUACUGAGGAUGCCAGCUGCCAGUUCUACACAUACGUCACUGAAAACUUUUAUGACUCUGAUUACUGGCGUCGCUGUUACCUCAAGCGUGUCAUCACCAUGCCUGCUCCUCCCAAAGUUACCAAACUGGCCAAUGUCGUGUCUGGCUUCACCUUGAAGAACUGUGUGUAGAGUGCCCUACACACACACACACACACCGGGAUGUUCAAAUAAAGUUUUUAAAAAAAUCAGAAAGCAAAUGUUCCAACAAAAAAUUCAACAGUAAAACUGUGUGAAGAAGUCUAUUUACAUGACAGAUGUCAUCACUGAUCUCCUCACUCUGUACUUCAUUCAGCACCACGUCCAACUUUUUCAUGUCUCUGCUGAUGACAUAUUUGAGUCUGCAACAUAUUUAUGAGUGCCUUCACUGGUCUUAUGGUUACUUGUUAAAUAUAUAUUAUGAGAGCAGCAUACAAAAACAGUGUGUUUUUCUUUUCAUUCUUCUACUUUUAUAGAAGUUUGCAUUAAUUCAAGUGUUGCAUUACCAUAGUCUGUUGGACUGUCCUUUGCAUAAGAUGGAAAUGUUCCUAUAUGUGGAAAUCAUCAAAGGUAACUGAAAGCUUAACCCACUAAUUUGUCACUAACUAUGUGUGAAAGAGGCUCAUGACUGGAGCAAAACAUUUUAAAGCGACUGGGAUCCUGUGAAAAUGAAAAAGUCUUUAAAGUGCCUUUGAGUGGACACAUGCACAUACACUUUGCUAUUGAGCAGGGCCUGCAGAAGCAUAUUUACACCAGUAGAUGUCAGAAACAGACAACUUUUUUUUAAGUUGAAGUCGAAGGUUUCAAGUAUUAACUUGAUGUUAGGUGAAUUAAACAUGAUGCUGCCACAUUGCACAUCCUAUUUUUACACAAGCUUAUUGUUUCAGAUA